AUGGCUGCUGAUGAGCAUCAGAACCAAGGAAUUCAUGUUGAGCAUCACCCAGAAGAACAUGAUGAAUACGGCCCUUCCCAUGAUGAGCUUACGCAAAGGCAGCGAGAACAUCAUCAAGACGAAAUCCCGAACCCACCAAGAGCGAAACGUCAGCGUGUAAUGGUCGAACCGACGGUAGAAGAAGGCGAAAUGGUCGGAAACGGUCAAGACUUCUCUGCUUCUUCGAUAAAAGUCGAAUCUGGAUUCUUCGACCUAUCAAGAGCGGAGAUCGCGAAGAUCAAGACGCAAAACGAGUACGCCGCGUUCACUGUUGAUGGCAAGGAAUGCUACCAUUGUGGAGAUGAGUUUACGAGUAGAAGCGAUCUGAUAGCGCAUCCAAGGAAAUGUAUGAGGAUGAAGAACGCAAAUUAUUAUGGAAAAAUUAUACACGGUGAUGGAACACUGGAAGAAAUCAAUGUCACACAGCAUAUGAACCAGCAAUCGCCUCGAAACGGAUCCCAUCGCCGCCUAGCGCCUGAUUCUCACGAGCAAGAACAAGAGCAAGGUGCUCUCAUCAUCGAUCAAAACGUUGACGAAAACCUACACGAAGGACACGAUGACCAGUACGAAACCGCAACGAAGGUCGAGCAGCACCAAGAAGAGUGGCAGCCAGCCGUGCAAUGUCCCCUUUGUAAUGAAUACUUCGAAAAUAAAGCCGCCGUUAAGUUGCACCGUUAUCAAUGCGUAAUGGACCGUGCAUUACCCGUCAGAAAGCCGGGCCAGCCGAUUAACACACAACACAAAGGCUUCUGUUGCUUCCACUGCGACCGACUCUUUCCCACUCGCGAAGAACUGCGCAUUCACGUAAACGAAGUCAAUUCUCAAAAUCUCCGCUACUAA